AUGGAGAUCUCUGACGGUUCAGACACCGCCGACAGGGUGGACGGACCAGGACGUCGGCGGGUUAGCUGUGCCUCUUUCAACCAGGACUCCACGUCUCUGGCUUUGGGAACCUGGAGUGGCUACAAGCUGUUUUCUUUGACCACGGGGGAGAAACUGGACUGCCUCCAUGACAGUGAAAACACUCCAGAUGUGAUCAUUGUGGAGCGUCUGUUCUCCAGCAGUCUGGUGGUUGUGGUGAGUGCUCUCACUCCACAAUGCAUGAACAUCUAUCACUUCAAGAAAGGAAAAGAGAUCUGCAACUACAACUACCCCUACAAGAUCCUGGCUGUCAAACUCAACAGACAGAGACUGGUGGUGUGCCUUGAAGAGUCCAUUUAUAUUCACAACAUCAAAGACAUGAAGCUGCUCAAGACUCUGCUCAACACUGCAUCCAACCCCUCAGGUCUCUGUGCUCUUUCGACUGAGCUUUCCAACUCGUUCCUGGCGUACCCUGGCAGUGUCACUGUUGGGGAGGUCAUUGUGUAUGAUGCCAACAAUCUGAGCAUGGUGACCAUGAUCCCAGCCCAUGAAAGUGCUCUGGCAGCUUUAGCCUUUAAUGUGUCCACCACCAGACUUGCUAGUGCCUCAGAGAGGGGCACGGUCAUCCGAGUCUUCUCCAUUCCUGAGGGUCAACGUCUAUUUGAAUUUCGCAGAGGCAUGAAGAGGUAUGUCAAUAUUAGCUCUUUAUCCUUCAGCCCUGAUGGACACUUCCUCUGUGCUUCCAGCAACACAGAAACCGUUCAUGUCUUUAAACUGGGACAGCUGGCAGAAGGUCACGUUCCUUCAGAUGAUGCUGCCACCUGGACAGCCUACAUGGGAAAAAUGUUCUCAGCAGCCAGCAGCUACCUCCCUGUUCAGGUGUCUGGCAUGAUGAGCCAGGACCGAGCUUUCGCCACAGCUCACAUUCUCUCAUCUGGUCUGAAGAAUGUUUGCACCCUUACAAUGAUCCAGGAGCUUCUACGGUUACUGGUAGUCACAACUGAUGGUCAGCUGUUUCUCUAUAAUGUGGAUCCACAGGAAGGAGGAGAGUGCACAUUGGCCUUCAUGCACAGGCUUAUUGGUGAUGAUGAUAACCAAAGGAGAGGACCACUGACAGAUGAAUCACAGGUCCAAGUUCAGUCAUCUCCAUCUUAUGCUGAGACUGCCGCCUUACCAGCCUCUGGUCCCUUCACUGCAACCCUCACUGCCCCCACCACCAGCUGA